AGUAAACCUGCUCUUUUAUAUGCAGAUUAUGACUCCUGGUCAAAGGGUAACUUUUGAGUAUCAUGGCAAUUUAUACAUCUUCACGGUCAAUCAGGCAAACGUGGAGAGACAAGAAAAAUCAAACAGUAUUGAAAGAGGGAUGAUGUCAGCUGAUACAUACAUUGUUUUUGAAGCAUCAAACUCAAGCGGAAUAAAGAUUGUCAACCAACGUGAAGCUGCUAGCAGCAACAUAUUUAGGCACAAAGAGUUCAACCUUGAGUCUUUGGGCAUAGGAGGCUUGAGUGCAGAGUUUGCUGAUAUUUUUCGAAGGGCUUUUGCAUCUAGAGUUUUCCCUCCACAUGUAACCUCUAAACUGGGAAUCAAACACGUUAAGGGAAUGCUGCUCUAUGGACCCCCUGGUACUGGGAAGACUUUAAUGGCGCGCCAAAUUGGGAAAAUGUUAAACGGGAAGGAUCCGAAGAUUGUCAAUGGACCUGAAGUGUUGAGCAAAUUUGUUGGUGAAACUGAGAAAAAUGUGCGCGAUUUAUUUGCUGAUGCUGAAAUAGAUCAAAGAACCAAAGGUGACCAAAGUGACUUGCACGUUAUCAUAUUUGAUGAAAUUGAUGCAAUAUGUAAGGUAGGAUGUCAAAAAGUGAAUUUCUACCCAUCAAAAAGAAAAAAUGAAUUUCUACCUUUUAUUGCAUGAUUGUAUUCUAUUUUGUUCUUGAGAAUGGGCAUCUACUUUACUUCACCGUCAACCAUUGUUACCAUUGCGUCAUUGCCUAACACAAAUUGACUGUUGGUAUAAUUGAUCGUCAGAAAAAUAUGGUGUGCAUCAAAGCUAUACUUUUUGAAAGAUAGGUUACUGACAUUGUGGUGAUAGGUUGACAACCUUAUUUUUUUCCUUCCUUCCAUUCUUAAAGUUAAUGACUGCCCAACAUUCAAUUGCUUAAUGUUGAGUUAAGAUCCAAGCAUCGGUAAGUUCUCUUAAAUUUAUAUCCUCUAUAUAUAUAUAUAUGAGCAUCCAUUUACUAAUUUACUGGGUUUCUUUCAGAAGAAAUUUUAUAAAAGCUUCCUCUCUUGUGCUAGUAAUUCACAAGUCUUUCUGGGUA